GUGGUAACAUCAGUGGUAAGGUGCCCUCUGCUAUUCGGGUGCCAUCGGAUGCAACUAGUUCCAGCCUGCAUUCGAGGCACCUUUUCAAGUUGUUUCAUCGCCGAGCGGAUGAGAAAGCUUCAAGACGCAGCCUCGCGCAAUGUUCGGUUCGCCCCGCUCCAAAGCAAAUAGACCCCAUCUUAUCUCAAUCAACUCAACAGCCACUAGCAGGGAUUGAAUAGGCUGAGACAAGCCAGGUUGGCUGAAUGCGAGGAGCCAAAGCCAAUCAGACAGGUUUACUGGCGCUAGUGGCUGUUGAAUCGGUUGAAGAGUUGUGAGUUCCUCACCUCAAGGACAGACUCCCUCUUUCUCACCAUCCUCUCCUCUCAUCUUGCACACUUGAGUAGGCCCUCCAAUAAGAUCCUUCACAGAACCUUCACGCAACAUGCCCCGGCAAGUGGUUGUCGUCGGCGCCGGCGUCAUCGGCCUCAGCUGCGCCCGCCUCCUUCAACAGACCGGAUACGUCGUGACCAUCGUCGCCCGGGACUUCCCCGCGCCUUUUGAGACGACUGACCCCAUCGCCAAAAUUAAUUACGCCUCUCCGUGGGGCGGCGCCCACAACCGCUGGGUUCCCCCUCACCCCUCCCUCCCAGCCCACCUCACGCGCGACCACGCCCUCUCCCUCCGGACCUACACCCACAUGAAGCGCCUCCACACCGCCCACCCGUACACGGCAGGCAUCACUUUUAUGAAGGGGAUCGAGUACGUCGAGCGCCCCGGGCCCGAGUACCUCGCCCUCGCCAAGGACGGGCCAGAUGCGCUCAGAUUACCGGGAAGCUUCCGCCUGCUCGACUCAUCCGAGUUCCCUCGCGACGGCCGCGUCACAUGGGGCUGCGAGUACGACACGUGGUGCGUCAACCCGAUGGUGUACUGUUCCUUCUUGCUGCGACAAUUUGUCCACCGCGGCGGAAAGGUCGUCACGCGCGAGGUGAGGAGGCCCGAGGAGAUCUUCUCGUUGGAUGCCGAACUGUUGCGUGUCAGUCCCAACGAAGGAGGGGGGAUGAUAGCAGCCGUAGUAAACGCAUCCGGCACGGGCUUGGUUCCGGAUCCGAACAUGACUAUCACGCGGGGCCAGACGUGUCUCGUGGCCGAAGAUUGCGACGCCACGGUGACGAGGCAGAACGCGGAUGGGAGCUGGACGUUUUGCGUCCCGCGCGGGUUUGACGGCGGGACCGUGAUUGGCGGGACCAAGGAACUGAAUAACUGGGACGUGAAGCCCUCGGCGAAGGUGAGGGAGGAGUUACUCAGGAAAUUUACCGAGAUGUAUCCCAAAAUAUUGGGCGGACAAAAACAGUUGACAGUGCUGAGGGAUAUUGUUGGGCGGAGGCCGACGAGGAAUGGCGGGCCGAGGAUCGAAGGGGAACUUGUUCCGGGAGCUGGAUUCGUGAUGCAUGCGUAUGGACUGGGCGGGAGAGGGUAUGAGCUGUCGUGGGGGGUUGCUGAGGCGGUGGUUGAGGGGGUCGAGAGGCAUGUCACGGGGGGGGAGGCGAAGUUGUAG